CAAACAUUGAAGAUUUCACAGUAAUUACGUUCUGUCAAGUUUCCCGCGCACGGCAAUGUCUUCCCGCCGCAACUCGAACGCAGUUGCUUACCGUUGACCGAGAAAAAAACAACGUCGCCAUCUUUUUUAUUAUUUUUGCGUCGCAUUCGUCGUUUUAUUGUAUCGUCUAGGCUGUUUAUAUAUAGAGGUGGAUCCUUCAACCCCGAGGCCAUAUCAGAACAAACCCGCGAAGAAAACACCGGCAUUGAAAUGUACCGAAAAUUAUUAUUUCUGUUCCUGUGUGGGAGAACUUCAACCGCGCCUCAGCAGGGGGUAGAGACAAUCGCUGACGUUAAGCCGACUAUAUUCGACUACCCAGCAGAGGUGUACGACCUACCUGCACACUACCCCGUCGGGGAUUCCCUCAUCAACGGUAGACCAUACAGCGCCCUCUAUGAUAUGACAACUGAAAACAUCGAGUUAGAGACCACAGAUUAUAACGAAGAAUUGACAGACGGUUACGAUAAAGUUACAGAAACUAUACCACGCUUUUAUGAAAGUGGAGAAAAUACAGCUGAAUUAUAUUCGAAAAUAGGUUACUUCACCAAUAAUUAUUUACCGGGACCUAGAAAACUCGAUAUUAAUGAUGGAAAUCAAAUCAAAAAUGUUAACGUCAAAUACACUGAAAUACGUAAUAUGACUGACCUUAAGACGACAAAUUCUACCAAAGAUAAAUCUAAUAAAAUAGAAGAAACAACAACCAUUUCAGAAGUUAAACCUACUGUUGAUAUUAAAUUACCUGACAAUAUUGACAAAGUCGAAGAUAGUUUUACGGAAAGCAAGAAUACUUUGGACGGCAACAAAGAUUUCGGAAAUACACUGAAUAUUAAAAAUAUAGCAAAUAUCGUUGAUGAUAAGCCAGAUUACGAAAUGAGCAAACCUAGCUACUUCAGCAAUGGUCGAAAAGGUUAUUUAAACGAGAAUUUAGUAUCAAAAGGGAGACGAAAGUUCAGAUCGAAUUGUCGGUGUGAGAAGAUAUGGAACUGUCCGAAACUGCAAAUAACAGUUCCCAGAUGUCCUGACGAGUACUUUAUGUGUUGUUUCUAAUACAGUGCGAAAGAACUAAAGUGUGACUUAUAACUUGAACGUUACUUAAAAACUGUUUAAUUUAUUUUUAUGUGUAAAUCGAUUAAAUAAUUUUAUAUGAUUGUUUUGUGUGAGUGCGUGUUUCCGAACGAUAAUGCGUGAGAGAUUGAUUUGAGUGACGUAUGACUGAAGUGAAUGUAGGAAUAGAGACGGAAUAAACGCGAAGAGAUAGCCUUACGUUUUCUAAGACCGAUAAAUUUAGUAAAAAAAUAUAUCUUGUAAAACUAGGGUUAAGGGUGAGAAAUAAAGUGAUUAAAGAAGAA